AUGACCUCGGCCGUCCGUGGCAUGGCAGUGUCGUGCCUAGUGGGUAACGUGACAGACCUGCUUCUCGGCGGCACUGCGGCCUCCACGCUGUUCCUUCACUGGCAGCUGCUCAACCUGGCAGCGCGUGCCGACACCCUUCAGGCUGCGCUGCAGCAGGAGAUCGACACCGUGGUGGGCCGUGGCCGCUGGCCUGCCUGGAGCGACCGCACGCGUAUGCCUCUCGUCAUGGCCACCAUUUGGGAGACCUUUCGCUGGAAAGCUGCCACGCCAUUGGGCAUACCCAGGGGUGCUGCGGAGGACGUGGUAGUGGACGGCGUCCUGAUCCCCGAGGGGACAACGGUGAUGCCGAACCUGUGGGCUGUGCACAUGGACCCCAAGCUGUGGGAGGAGCCUGCCACGUUCGAUCCGACCCGCUUCCUUCCGGCCGACGGCUCAGCGCUAACAACGAGGCCCGAGCACGUCAUCCCCUUCUCGCUCGGCAAGAGAAGCUGCCCAGGUGAGGCGCUUGCCACUGUGGAGAUGUUCCUUUACACCACCCACCUGCUGCACGCAUUCCGCAUCCUUCCUCAGGAGGAAGGCCUGCUCGAGCGCGUGGAAUCACGGAGCGCCCGAUCCAACGACUUGGCCUCAGUGAGGCUGCGCUUCCUCAAACGGUGACGGGACGUCCUAGGCUCGGCAGCGGCUAGAGAAGACGGACGGUGGCAGACGACGAUUGUUGUGUCUGAAUAUAAAUAAAACUCAAAGGUACAAAGAAAAACUGAAGCAAUUGGAACAGCUUGGGGGUUGAGGCGUUACCACAUUUUUUUUUUCGGAACAAAUA